GUUCAACUUGCAUUUGCAAAAUGUCAACUCUUCUCUCUCUCUAUCUAUCUCUAUAUUCAUCACACAUAUAAAAGAAAUAUAUAUGCAAAACCACUUAUCAUACCCACCUAACCCUUUUCCCGUACGUCAACGUGUACCUCUAUACCUGCCUCUAUAUCUUUUGUUCUUUCAAUCACCUUUAUAAGACUCAAAAUAUCCAAGAAAGUUAUCAAAGAUAGCAACACACACAAACACAAAGAAAGUUAAAGAAAAACAAGAAAGCCAUAUACACAUCAUGAAGCUCGUUUGGUCUCCAGAAACUGCCUUGAAAUCAUAUAUAGACACUGUCAAAUUGAAAUCCGUAAGUAUCUGUCAACCUCAACAACAAUGUGAAAAAUUCAAGGAAUCUGGUGUAGCUGAGCUUCUAUCAUCCAUGGCAGCCGGAUGGAACGCUAAGUUCAUCGUCGAAUGUUACUCCCACGGCGGUCCGAUAGCUGCAAGUAUUGGCCUAGCGGUUGCUGCUCGCAACACGGGUGCAAGACACGUGUGCAUAGUUCCAGACGAAGGUACAAGACUCCACUACACAAAAGCCCUAGCCGAGAUGGGAGUUUCGCCUCCACCGGAGAUAGUUCGCGGGGAGGCGGAGACGGUGAUCAAAAGCCUCGACGGGUUGGAUUUUCUUGUGGUGGAUUGUAGACUUAGGGAUUUCGCUAGGGUUCUUAAGGUUGCAAAAGUUAGUACUAGAGGGGCAGUUUUGGCAUGCAAAAAUGCAUGGCAGAGAUCCAAUUUCUCUUGGUUUAAAUGGAACAUGGUUCUUGAAAGAGGCACACGUGUGGUUAGAUCGGUUUUUUUGCCUGUUGGAAUGGGUUUGGAUAUUGCUUACAUAGGAAGUAGAAAUGGUGGUGGUGGUGGUGGUGCAUCUUCAAGUGCUGGUUCUUCAAAGGGUACUCCUAGCCGUUGGAUCAAACACAUAGAUCAACAAUCAGGAGAAGAACAUCUUUUUAGAGAGACUAGUUUUUAAUUUGUUAUAAUAAUUAAGGGUCUUUACUCUUAUGUUUGAAUAUAAAUAAAGUUGUAGGAAUAUGCUUAUUGAUGGACAUAUUUUUGUAAAAAAAUUCAGUGUGAUAUAUGAGUUUAGAGAUCAAGUUUCUGAUUUA